UCGAGUGGUAGAAGUUGCCAAGUCGGAAUUUCCCAAUGUUUUGAUGCGUUUCCACACGUUUCUUGUAUAACUCUGGAGAAUAUUUUUUUACCUGAAUUUCCCUUCAUGUCCUGAGUUCUGAGAAGAUCAUGACCACUGUAGCAGGCAGCUUGAUGCGAUCCCUCGGGGCCGUGGCACAGGGCAUGGUGCAGGCGACGCCCGUGGCACUGAGGGGGGUGUCUCAGGGCCUGGCAGCAAGGGCCACACCUACCAGUGCCACCUGGACGCCGCAGGUCACUAGCGUUCGGCACAGGUAUCAUGCAGACAAGCUGAACCGAGGGCCCUUAAUGAAGAACUAUGGGUUUGAGGACAGGCUUCACACUAAAGGACUGAUGCCACACGUGGUGCACGGAAAAAGGCUGCCGAUACCCGUAUACCGACCCAAGAACGGCUGGGCGGAGAAGCGAGCUCUCUUCGGCCAGAAUGAUUACAUUGACAUCUUGGGAGACGGGAGCCUGAAGCCCACCGACGUCUCUUACUCCGUGCCGUAUUGGCUUCGUGGCUUCAAGGGCAACGAGUACCAGAUGCUGUUGAGGAAGCGAAAGUUUUUCCAUGCCGAGAUGGGCAAGUAUCAACCCACAAAAUUAACCGAGCUGAACAAACGCAUCCGCAAGCUGUAUGUGCACCUAAAUCAAAAGACGAAGGAUUACUACUGGCGUAAGGCGUAGCUUUGAUGUUUGUACUUCCGUUUUUCUUUGUUAGUUUCCAGGGGUUGGGGGCAUGACAAGGGUUUUUUACUUUUUUUUAUUAUUGUUUUGAGUUUUUAUAAGGAUUUUUAAAAUUUGUUUUCCAUUAUAGCAAAGUGUAUAUAUAAUUUUUUUCAUUUUGAUUUUGAUAAUUGGACAAAAGAAGCAGCAUUUCUGUUUUUCAUUGCAUUAGGAAGUGAAAUACAUCCUGCUUUUUUGUUAAUUAAGAAUGGUAUUUAUAUAGUCUUUUUUGUAACAGAACUGUAUAUAAAACUUUGCCAAAUAAAAUUUGGUUGUAGAAGAA